AUGUUGGACUGUCGCUUCCAGAAACAGGUGUUAAGUGUCAUUAAUAAAUUUCUUGACAUACAUGACUCUUUUUCCGAGGAAUUCCAUGUUAGAUAUGGCUUCUUGACCUCCUGGUACAAGAACUUUGUUGAUAUCCUCGACAUAUUCAUUGCCAAAAGCAACAAAUUUGAACGCAUUAGGCGAGUGGAUCAUGAAAAAUUAAAGUUUUACUUCCAUUUGAGUGAAGCUGUGGAGAAAACCAAUGAUUGUGUCUGUAAGCUGUGGCAGCCGUUGGCAGCGCGAGUUUCUAAUUUAUGUAAUCAAUCCAUUCUGGCCGGUUUUCUUAUAAUAUAUUGCAUAAUUUUUGAUAACCAUACAAUUGGAGAAAAAGUUCUGCUCGUGAGGAACUCGGAUGUUAGGGAAGCUCUGUUGCCUCCAUUAAAAAUAUUACUAUUGGGUUAUCUGACUGACAAACGAAGAACUCUACAAAAAUAUCUGCGCUAUAAACUCAUACACAUAAAUGCGCUCUAUCUUCAGAAUAAAGCUCAAGUUCGAUUUCUCAAGGAAUUUCGAUAUUUGUCCCUGUCAAUGGAAAUGCAUGAGCUUUAUCAAUGCACUUCUACUCCCAACACCCACAAUUGCAGUCAAUUCGAUAGACACUAUGCUAUGAUUUUUGCAAUACAAAUCCUUAACUCGAUAUGGGUGAUGAUGGAAUUAGCAGUUGGCGAUGAAAGGAGCGGCAUUUGUUAUAAUAUGAACAAAAUACGUUAAUAAAAAUAUUAUUGU